CAGAGGAUGCAGGCGGCGGUGCUGGGCGUCUGGGCCCUGCUGCUGGUGGCCGAGCAGAGCACGCGACUCUGCAGCCCUAUCUACUACUUCACCACCGGCCACUGUCUGUGGGGGUGGCUGGGCCUGGGCCUGCAGCUGCCCGGCCUGCUGGUCCAGGGCCUGAGCUACCUGUGGUUCCGGGAGGACCGAGAUGGACGCAGAGGCUGCGGGCUGCUGCUGCUGCACCUGCUUCAGCUGGGCGUGUGGAAGCGGCACUGGAAUGCGGCAUGGACACUUCUGUGCAAGGGACACAGUGGCCCGGGCCAGCUGCCACCGCUAGAGGGUGCCACCCUGGGGACCCUGCGCCUGCUCGAGGCCCUGCUGCAGUCUACGCCGCACCUGCUGCUGCAGACCUACAUCCUCCUCGCACCGGACCCCGGGGCCAUCAUGCCAGGGGUGAGUGCCCUGUGUGCCUGGCUGUCGCUGUCCUGGACACUGGCCUGCUACACACAGUGCCUGGGUGCCAUGAGGCGGGGCGGACCCCCGGCACCAUGGGUGGCUCUGCUGUGCCAGCUGCUCUGGAGGAUGGGCAUGCUGGCCGCCCGUGUCCUCAGCCUGGUUCUCUUCUGCAGAACUCACCGCCUCUGGGUGCUGGUUGUCACAGGUGCACACUGGCUGGCCAUGACCUUCUGGCUGGUGACGCAGCAGAGCGACGUGGUGGACAGCACCUGCCACUGGAGGCUCUUCAACCUGCUCGUGGGCGCUGUGGGCAUCUUCUGCUACCUGAACUUUUGGGGCGGCCCCUCUGGGCGCCGCGUGGCUGCCUUCUACACGGUGAUGUCACUGGAGAACGUGGCCCUGCUCCUGCUGGCCACCAACCUCCCUCAGUGGCCGCCAUCGGGCAGCUUGUGGCCAGCUGCCAGCGCCUUGCUGGGGACCCUCAUCGGCGGUGUGGCUCUGGUCCUCUACUACAGCCGGCUGCACCCGGAGUCCACGGCCAUCCGGUCACGCUUCCUCAGGCCCCUCUGUGGCCGGGCGGGGGAUGACAGCGCAGAUGGGGGUCCUCCUGGGGGCGACCCGGGUGCCGACCUCAAGGACAGCCAUGAGCCAGCAAGUGUGCAGAAGCCGCUGCCAGCCUCAGACUGCCCCCACGGCUGGGCUGGGAGCUGGGUUACCGGGGUACCCCACGUCCCCCAACACCACUGGUUGCUGUUGAAGCUGGCGCUGAAGACAGGAAACCCGGCCCGGCUCAGGGCGGUGCUCGGAGGCCAUCAUGCUGGCGGCUGCUGUCCUGCCACGUGGGACAAAAGCCGACUCUCCCCCCAGAAGAGGACACCCCUGUCUCCCCAGAAAGCACCCCCAUCCUCACCCCCAGAGGUGGUGGCAGAGAGAGCAGCGGGCAGCCCACCGGAAGCCUCAAGUUAUGUCUCCUUUGUCAGCGAUGAUGAUCAGUACAAAGACUCCACCUCGAGGCUUGAAGACAGUCCCUGUGGGGGCAGGGGGCCCCCCCGGAGCCCCACGCUCUACUUCAGUGCCACAACUGACGGGACCACGGCUGGAGGGACCAUGGCUGGAGGGACCAUGGCUGGAGAGACCACGGCUAUUGGGGACACGGCUGGCGGGACCACGGCUGAUGGGGCCACGACUGUCGGGACCAUGGCUGAUGGGACCACGGCUGCCAGCACGGUGGCCCUUUGCCCACUGCGGGAAGCGGAAGCCAAGUGCGGGUCACUUCCCGAGAGAGAGCGGGGUCAGCUGAGCCCGGCCAGCAGGAACCCCUUCCUCCUGCCCGCCUGCAGCGGCGUGGAAAAGUACUCGCAGGGCCCAAGGUACUUUGUCCCCCCGAAACUCCAUCUCCUCUCAAAGUCCCCUCGCAGGUCCACCCAGCUGAGGUGA